AUGGAUACUACGAGCCUCCAGGCGUCCCAGAUGGGGCGCUCGCGUUUCUCAAAAGCGUUGCCUGCUCCUCCGCCUGGCCUAGAUGACGGUACAGCCAUAGAUGCUCGACAAGUGCCUCGAAGACUUCCAGCGCUUUCAAACAUGGCUUUCCCGCCCCGAAAAGAAAGCGUCGGCGCCAGCAUGUCGCCGAAAUCACUUGAUUCCCCCUUGCCAUCGUUGCCGGCUCCUUCUCCCGUGUCAGAGGCGCCGACCAAGAGCCUGCCUUCGAUUCCUAGGAAAGCAAUAGCCUCGCCUCCCAGUCAGCUCACAGCUGCGCAAGUCAAACUGAGGAGGAAGUCAUCCAUUUCAAGCUUGCUGUCCGCGUAUUCUCGUUCCUCGACAGAAUCUGUGCAAAGGUCGUCCCAGGACAGCUCGGUCACAAAGAACAGUGAACCAUCACUUUCACCAGAGCUGGAUGCGACGAACGACACAAGAAAGGAAUUCAUUCAAACCUCAGAGUCGUACUCUGGGAAUCUGCGUGACGGCGAGUUACCACAUACGACGAAAGAUACAGGCCGUGGACUUUUACCACCUCCGUUGAAGGAUGUGUCGAUGCCUAACACGCCCCGGACUGGUCUUCCGGCAACCCCCCGAACUGGCCUUCCGGUAACUCCCCGAAGUACAAGGCCUGCAGAAUCUCACGCGGAUGCGAAUGCGCCAUCAUCACCAGUGUCAUUGACGAACGGCUCACCCCAAAAACAUGAAAUUUGGAGGCGGAGGAGGACAUCUUCCAAGUCGGAUCGUAGCCUAGCAGUUGCUGCGCUCAAAUUGGAUGGUGUCAGCCACGGCUCUACGGCGCAGACCACAACAACUACAGCACAACCCCUCGCGGGUCCUACUUCAGAACAAGCACAAAACAAUCCCACGAACCCCAUCAUCACAUCCUCACAGCCACCACCUCCUCCACAGAAGGCGGCCAUUGGCGGUCUACCAGGAAGAAAUAUCAAGCCGGCCACAGCUACAGGGCCAGACAGCGAAAUGAAGUCGUUCAUCAAGAAGGUCAAGUCCCUUCACACGCUGAAGAAGCAGAGUGAGAGCGUCGGUGAAGCUCCGGACGAUGAGACACCCGAGAUGCCGCCGAUGGUUCCGAAAAAGUCACCGUCUCAAGAGAAUAUCCCGACUGUGCCGCCCGCUCCACCUCCUAAAGAAGGGCCGAUGCCCGAGCUCUCGGAUCACAAUAGCAAAAAGGCUGCACGGGAGCCUGCGGGAGCAGAAGUGGUGUCACCUGUAACAUCGCCCGAUUUAACCCCACGGGCGUCCGGAAAUUCCGGAAACUCAAUUCAAAGACGACCAGUCGGAGCACAGCUCAAGUCAAAGCCAAGCAACGCCAGUCUGAACUCACCUCAACAAUCUCAACCACCAUCGCAGACAUCGUCGCAGACGCAGCCUCACCCUCCUCGCACCACUUCUCGACCUGGUCUUCCGUCUGGCCCAAGACCUACUGCCAGCAACGCAAACGCUCGGAAUUUGAACUCAGAUCCAAGCUAUGUUCAAGAGACAAAGGUUGGGCCAACACCAAUGACUUCUCAGAACACCAAACCUGGCUCGUCGUCAUCUGUACGAGGCCCAGGCGAAAUGCGAGAUGCACCACCAGUGCAGAAUGGACCACCAAUGCAGCAGUACGGACGGCCAAUGCAGAAUGGGGACUCCAAUGGCACCAAAGAAUUUUCCCAACUAGAGGUGCCUGGAUCAUUGGCAACUAACAAGCGCAUUCGCAACCUUAGUGUGGACAACUUGAACGCGCCCAAGCCAUUGAGCCAAGUCAAUGAGACAGAGCUUUCAGGUGGUGGCCCGUCUCCGAUGAAGCCUCUUUCAGAAGCCGAUCAGAAAAAGGUCAGCGACGCGAUCCAACGUUUCCAGGAUGUGCCGCGAACCUGGAAAUUAGAGCCCAGCGCAGAAGGCGUCUUUCCUGCGGCGCCGCUCACGGUGAACCACUUCAAAUGCCUCGGUGACCAUCAACAGUGGUUGUCCACGCAGAACCGCAGCUACCCCGUUGCCUGCGCUUGCUGUCACGUCCAGGAUAUGAACCCACGCAGCGUGUGUAAAGCUUGCAAUGUCCGGGUUUGCCGCGCAUGCGCAGAUUUGCUGAGAGAGCAUAAGGAUCUGAAGGUUGUGGUGGGCAAGGUUCGGCCAAAUGCUUGA